CUCCAACCGAACGGCAACAGACCAAUACACCCUCAUCGCCAGCGAGAUGGCACUCGUCCACAACAUCAUCAUCCGCUCCCUCAACUCCAUCUACCUGCAAGCCCCCCACGUGCCGCCAUCCCACCAGUCGGCAUUCACAUGCUACAUGCUCGCGACCUGGCAGACAGUGCACGAGCACCACAGGGGGGAGGAGACGUCGCUAUUCCCCGCGAUUGAAAAGGCCACCGGUGAGACGGGGAUCAUGGAGGUGAAUGUGCGGCAGCAUCAGGCGUUUGAGACGGGGUUCGAGGCGUGGGGCCACUGGAUCAGGGACGUUGAACAAGAGAGAGAGCGGUUUUCGGGACAGCGAUGCCGGGAUCUGAUGGAUGGCUUCAUGCGCGACCUCGCCACGCAUCUGGCCGAGGAAAUCCCCUCGUUGAUGGCGCUGGCCAAGUACCCAGAGUCCCGGCUGCCCUUGCGCAGACUCUGGGAGGAGGAGGGCAAGGCCGUCAUGGGUGGUUUGUCCAAGACGAGGCAGUUGCCCGUCGUGUUGCUGAAUCACGAUGUCACGUUUGAAGGCGAGGGGUUGCAUGCGAACUUCCCGCCGCUGCCGGCGCCGGUCAAGUGGGUCCUGAUGAAUGUGUGUGCGAGGUGGAAUGCUAGCUGGUGGGCUUUUAGUACGUGUGGGGUGGAUGGGAGGCCGAGGGAGUUGGCUUUCUUAGGGGAGUAGAUGCAGAGGUGCGAGGGGAGGGGAGGAGGGAUGGUUGGUUGGGAACAAAUCGAGGGGGUUCUUCUAUUUUAUCUGUUGUCGAUUCGAUGCGUGAUACCCUAUAGGAAAUGUGAAUGUAUACUUCAAAUGAUCCGAAGUCCUCAAACACAAGACUGACCCCUUGCAUUAUAGAGUCGAAAACAUUCACAGGCCAGGCGCGAGAUGUUCUGCGUGCCGAAUCAUCUGAGCGUAAUACCAUAGUAGCAGAAUUAAUAGGAUCAAUAUCAUGGCUGAGG